AUGGAACGCAUUAACAGUAGCCUGCACAGAAUCAUGGCACAGUUAAACGUAUUAAAGAUCUUAGCAUUUGUAUUGACGUUAUCGUUAAUUGCACAUUGCGCUGAUGAGAUUUUGGUCGGCUGUGGCGGGUUUGUGAAAUCAGAUGUUGAGAUCGAUUAUUCACUGGUCGAGAUUAAGCUGUACACUAAACAAGGCUCCCUGAAGUACCAGACGGACUGUGCCCCCAUCAAUGGCUAUUUUAUGAUCCCGCUUUAUGACAAGGGUGACUUUGUCCUCAAAAUAGAACCACCUCAGGGAUGGAGCUUUGAGCCAAUCACUGUGGACCUUCAUGUAGAUGGUCUUACUGAUGUCUGCACCAAGGAGCAGGACAUUAACUUUUUCUUCACUGGAUUUUCUGUGAUAGGAAAGGUGCUAAGUAAAGGUCAUGAGGAAGGUCCAGCAGGAGUUGAGGUCAGCCUCAGGAAUGCCGAAAAGGAUGAAACAUUUCAGACUGUGUUUACACAGCCAGCAGGACAGUACACUUUUACAAAAGUACUUCCUGGAAAUUAUGACAUCAGGGCAGUUCAUGCAUCGUGGACCCUGGAGAAGAGCUCAACCUCUGUGGUGGUAUCGAAUGCGAAUGCUCCAGCUGUAGCUCCGCUGGUGGUUAAAGGCUAUGACGUCUCUGGUGAGGUGCAGAGUGAUGGUGAACCUAUGAAGGAGGUUAACUUUCUUCUCUACUCCGCUACCAUUCCAGGAGAGGAAAUUAGUGGAUGUAGUACAGCUCCUAUAGAUGGAGCCAUGUUGGGUGACUCGUCAUUGGUGUAUCUAUGUAGUGCACAGUCCCGUGAGGAUGGCAUCUUCUCUUUUCCCUCUCUGCCCAGUGGAAAAUACACCGUGGUUCCGUAUUACAGAGGAGAAAGAAUCACUUUUGACGUUGCUCCAUCCCGGCUAGAUUUUCAAGUCGAGCACAAUAGUUUGAAGUUAGAGCCAAUUUUCAGAGUGAUGGGUUUCUCUGUAAUGGGUCGCGUGUUGAACAGCCCUAAUGGCGAGGGAGUGGCAGAGGCCAUCGUCACUCUUAAUAACCAGAUUAAAGUCACAACUAAAGAAGACGGUUCAUUCCGACUGGAGAACAUGACCACUGGCACCUACACCAUCAACACCCAGAAGGAGCUCAUGUUUUUUGAACCAGUUACAGUAAAGAUCGCACCCAGCACCCCUCAGCUCCCGGAUAUUAUCACAGCAGGGUUCAGCAUAUGUGGUCAGAUCUUCCUUGCCCGUCUCCCAGAAGGCAUAAAGCACCUAGGCCGCUACAAAGUUACGCUUUCCAGCCAAGAACGCAGCCAGGGUGUGUUGCGUGCGAUUGAGAGUGACCACCAGGGAGCGUUCUGUUUUCAAGCCAAACCAGGAGACUAUAGUAUUCAGGUGACCUUACCAGAAGCAGAGAUCAAGGCUGGACUUGCUUUGCAGCCUCAAUCACUUGAUAUCUCCUUGGUUGAUCGCCCAAUCAGUGACCUGCUAUUUACACAAUUCAUCGCAUCUGUCUCUGGCACUGUCUCAUGUCUGGCUGCAUGUGGGGAUCUGACAGUAACUCUUCAGCCUGUAAGCAGACAGGGAGAAAGACAAAACGUCCUGCUUUCUGGCAGCAGUGAAAUCCUCAGCUUCACCUUUAAUAAUGUCCUGCCUGGAAAAUACAAAGUGGCUAUCAGUCAUGAGGAGUGGUGCUGGAAGCAAAAGUCAGUGGAGGUGGAAGUGCUGGACUCCAAUGUGGAAGGAGUAGAGUUCAGACAGACUGGCUACAUGCUGCGCUGCUCUCUGUCCCAUGCCAUCACUCUGGAAUUCUUCCAAGAUGGCAGCAAACCUGAGAACGUUGGAGUUUACAAUCUCUCGAAGGGAGUCAAUCGCUUCUGCCUGUCUAAACCAGGUGUGUACAAAGUGACUCCACGCUCCUGCCAUCAGUUUGAACAGGAUUACUACACUUACAGCACGUCUGCCCCCAGUAUUUUAACCCUUACUGCUGUCAGGCAUCACAUGACCGGCCUUAUUACCACAGACAAAAUGCUGGACGUCACAGUUACCAUCAAGUCCUCCAUCGAGAGUGAGCCAGCACUGGUUCUUGGACCCUUGCAGUCAGCCGAGGAGCAGCGGCGUGAGCAGCAGCUGCUGGAGAUUGCAGCUCGCAGGAAAGAAAGGGAGGAGAAAGGAGGAGAUGAUAAAGGCCCACCAGUUGAGGAGAAACCAGAAGAGCUUCAUGAACCGUUCCACUACGAGUUCUCUUACUGGGCACGGGCUGGUGAAAAGAUUAUAGUCACUCCUUCCUCCAAAGAGCUUCUGUUUUACCCAUCAGAAGUAGAAGCCACCAUUACAGGAGAGAGCUGUCCAGGACAGAUGGUGGAGAUCAAGGGUCGAGCCGGGCUCUUUCUGCAGGGCCAAGUGACUCCGGAAUUGGAGGGUGUGGAGAUCUCAAUUAAGCAGAACGAUGCCACAGAACCUUUUCUCACUGUCCUCACUGAUGAAAGUGGAAUGUACAGUGUGGGACCUCUGCACAGUGACUUGAAGUAUGAUAUUAGUGCCAGCAAAGAGGGAUUUGUUCUAACUCCGGUUGAGGGCAAACCAGAAGAUUUUAAGGCCUUUGCCCUGGCAGGCGUCACUUUUGAGAUCAAGUCAGAGGAUGGCCAACCUCUCUCUGGAGUGCUUCUCUCUCUAAGUGGUGGAAACUUCCGCUCUAAUCUGCUCACACAGGACACAGGCCUGCUCACCUUCAAUAACCUGAGUCCUGGGCAGUACUACUUUAAACCCAUGAUGAAGGAGUUUCGCUUUGAGCCCUCUGCACAGAUGAUCACAGUAGAGGAAGGCCAGAGUCUCCGUAUUCCCAUCAUUGGCUUUAAAACUGCAUACAGUUGCUAUGGCAUGGUGCAGUCUCUGAGCGGUGAUGCUGAGCAGGGGGUGGCUGUGGAGGCAGUGGGGCGGGGAGAGUGCAGCAUGUACAGCGAGGAUACAGUGACAGACGAGGCAGGCCGCUUUAGACUCCGAGGCCUCCUGCCUGGAUGCACUUACGUCAUUCAACUGAGAGGAGAGGGUAAUGACCACAUUGAGAGAGCACUUCCUCAGCACAAAACUAUAGAGGUUGGUAGCAGUGACAUAGAGGGUGUCAACAUCAUCGCCUUCAGACAGAUCAAUCAGUUUGACCUAAGUGGCAACAUCAUUACUUUACCUGAGCAUUUACCAACCCUAUGGGUUAAGCUUUAUAAAAGUGACAACCUCGACAGUCCGUUCCAAAGUGUGCCCUUAGGCCAAUCGCUUUUCUUCCAUUUCUCCACCCUCCCGCGUGAUGGAGAGAGUUACGUGUUGAUGUUGGACACCACUCUCCCUCGCUCCCAGUACGACUUCAAACUCCCUCAGGUCUCCUUCACGUCCUCAGGCUACCAUAAACACGUCACGCUCACAUUUAACCCAAAUAGAAAACUUCCAGAUCAGGAAGUUGCUCAAGGAUCCUACAUUGCGCUGCCUUUUACUUUGUUGUUGUUACUGAUGGUGUAUAACCACGAAAGGGUGAUCCCACUCUUCCUGCGGCUACUCAGCCGCAUUCAGGGUGUCCGCAGCCUGGCACAGUCUAACAACGAAGUGCAGGCUGUCGACGAUGCCAAGCGGCAGCCCAAAAGACCCAAGACACGACGCACAUGAGAUGCUAGGGCCACUCCCACCACUACAUUCAGAAAUUAAUAUGAUUUUUUUUCUUGCCAACACAUAAGACAUUCUCUUAAAAACUGAGAAGUUUUGUAACACUUUAAUAAAGUGUUUCUUGGUAUUAUGACAUCUGGUGCUAUGGAUAAGAUGCAGAGGCCAAAGGGAUUCAGACCCAUCACAUCCAUCCCCAACAUGGACUUCAAUUACAGUGCUGGUUAAACAGAUUGAUGUACAUGUGAUUGAUUUGUCUCUGAUCCCUGGUACAUGUGAAAAUGGCUUAGCAAUCGUGUGUAUUUAUGUGUGAAUGUGGAUACUCAGGGUGGACUGUGGAUCUGAACUAAUGAUGUGUUUUUAUUAUUUGGUAGAAUCUAAGGCUAAUAACUGACCCUAGUAAUUGAUCUUAAAUAAAUAGAGUAUUUAUUAACAAGUAAAAUUUGUAAAAUAUAGCUGUAUAGCUGGCCAAACUGAGUUAAGCUAGAAGUAAGCAUUAUUUCAUUUUGAUUAUGCUUUAUAAUUUUAGUUUCUUCCAUUUGAAUUUUUUUUGGCAUUUUGUCUUAACAAAUGUUAAUAUGCACUGACAAACUCGUUGAAGUGUUUUCUUAGGAGGUUAUAUUGAUAUUAUUGAUUAUAUAAAUUUUUGUGUGAAUACAAAGUUUUAUAUCAUGAAAUAUGCCUCAAAUUUUACAUAUGAUCCCAUGUGUGUUUUUUCUCAAACGCCUGUAGUAGCUACUGAUAAAUUACUGUUUGUAAUGUAAUUCUGAUCCAGUUAGUCCUUAGGCAACAAUCCCAUUUCAUUAAUGGCUAUUCUGAAUCAGCAGAAAGAAAAAUGAACAAUAAAGUUACAAAUCUUAA